AUGGAGGAUGAAACCGAAGCCUUCACUUCUGCUAACAGGAGCAACGAUUUGAAAAGGAAGAGAGGGAACAACGCAUCAUUAUUUGAUGAAUCUAAUGAAGACGUCCUUUUGGAAAACAUUGAUGAAAGAACACUAGAAAAAGAAAGGAAACUACCGCUCACAAGUAAUGAUAGAUCUUCACAGGAUCCACCAUAUAUACGUGCAAAUGCAAUCAAAUCUUUCGGCGAAUAUCAGGAUUGUAUUCCCAAAACCCGUAGGGUCAUCACCCCUGCUUACUGGGGAGUGUUAGAUUUGACCAGAGAAAGCUUGCACGAUUGUAAACAGUUCACUAAAGAGAACAUAUUGCAAUUGUCACAGGAUUUUGCUGACAAGAUCACGAUGCCUGCAGAACAAAAUAUCAUAGAUUAUUUUGAUAGUGGGUGUACGAAAAAGGUACAUGGUAUUGAAAAAUUGGACUUAAACAUCCAGUUUAUGAAAAGCGGUAUGCAUAUCUUUCAAAGCAUGAUGACAGAAGAAGAGUUAAAAAUGUGCUCGAUGUUUCCAUUAUUUCGCGGAGUGUUUACUACUGAUCACAUUAAAAAUGUUUGGAAGUGGUAUCUCGAUAAAUUAAAGCUUAUGAUAGUUAUGCGUGACGGCAUCAACCGUUUGCUAAGAGAAUGCAAACAUGUACCAGAUGAUAAACGUACGAGUGUAACCAUAUAUGGCUGGCUCCAAGUUGAUUUGGGAAUGGUCGAUCGAUGCAGGUUACCAUCGGACGAUAGUGACUGCGGAAUUCUUGAGGAUGCAUACUGUAUUCUCAAAUUACUUGAAGCUAGAUCACUUGAGACCGAAAAUUUUUAUUUUUACAAAACACAGAGGAAACGACGGCAAAUUGCAUCCGAAAGAGAUUCCGCAGUUUGGCGAAGCCAACAUUGUGGAUACUUCCUGAGGGCGACGAGAGAGCUUAAAUAUCCCAAAAAACAUAUACAAGCUGACAGUGACUUGGACGAUCUUGGAAAUAGUCUUUGUGAACAUCAAAAAUUCUUCAGCAAUAAAGUUGUACUUAUUGAACAUCAAAAAUUCUUCAAAGACGUUGAGCCGAGUGACAUCGAGUUCUUCUCCUAUGACAACCGCAACGAGCCUCUUAGCGGAGACAUGCUUCUUAAGGACCUGACCACUGCACCUCUUGUCAUACGCUAUCCAGUGUCAGACUCUGAUGCCGGGUGUCUCAUACCACUUCAUAUACAACUUAUAUACAACGGACAUGAUAAUAAAGCAAGUAAUGAGGAAAUCGAGAACGAGUAUCAGCUUAAUAAGGUGGUAUCAAAAAUUAAGAUAAUGAGCAUGAAAUCCAUCUCUUUAUUCGGAUUGAAGGUUGGUAGAAAAGCAUACAGUGACUGGGAGUUGACAAAAGUUCUUCAGCAGUUCCUGAAACGUCGGGGUGAGGCUUUGGCUGAUAUUGGCCAAUUUAAUAUUGCCAAUCUUCCAAAUCAAGACCCUUCUAUUGGCUCCAAUGCACUCCAGACAUUCAUCAAGGACUUGGAGCAAAAAAGGGACAACUUCCGUGUCAAUGAGAUGACUUGCAGAGAAUUUAUUUCUAUGUUCAUAAACAGUGCAGUAACUCAUGUGCAAUAA